GCGUUCGCGGAAGUCUCGCGAUGUUGACCCUCUGGGUUUAAAGGCUCUGUACGGGUUUUUAGAUUUGUUAGUUCGUAAAACUAGCGCCCUAUUUCAGGGCUUUCGCAAGUGAUGUCAGCCAGUGGGACAAGGGGCGGAUCUGGGGUGCCCACUGCCCACGAGAGCCAACUCUUCAGCGUGUCUGAAAAGAAUGAAACAUGGAUAAUGAAUUUACCCAAAGUUGGAAAGAAUCAGCGGGCAGUCAGGAAAUGGAGAGAAGAUUAGAAGAAAAGCUUAGGAUUAGUCAAAAAGAGAAAGUGUCCAGUACUAUCUCUACAAGGUCACCAUUGAAGACGGCCAUCGUGAUCCAGGAGAACUCUUCCCAUUCAGCCCCCCUGCCCCAGAUCCGCAUUCUGAAACGUCCCUCUAGUAACGGGUCAUCCGGGUUAUCCCAGGGUCAGAACCGGCCUGCGCCACAGGUCAAGUCCCUGGCCCAACGGGAGGCGGAAUACGCCGAGGCCAGGAAGAGAAUAUUGGGCAGUGCCGGUCCUGAAGACACUCCCCAGGAAAAGCCAAACACAGAACGACCAGGGCAUACAAAUUCUACCCCACCUCCGGAGGACCGAUCAAACAAUCAUGCUGUACGCCAACCAGCAGGCCCUGAUGGCUCGCAAGGCUUUCGCCAAAAAAGAUAAAGUGACAAGGGGCCUUCCUGCCACGAGGAGAUUGAAUGAAUGGCUAGGUCCCCAUUCAGAAAGGUUUUUAAAAAACAAUUUCCUCAAAUUCCAUUGUAUGGGAUCUGCUGUGAAUCUGAAUGCAUAUUUCCUGCCCUCUCAUGGUUUCCACUGCUAAUGUGUGGAAUGGCAUGUAGGGCCCCACACCCACUGUUUAACACUGUGAUAUGAACAUAUUUUGCUCACUGUGAUGAUCCCUUUAAGGACCCCACUCUACACCAAUGUUGCCCACGGAGUCCCCUCCUCUGCCCAAAGUGAGUCUUAGAACUGGCCUCUGGCAAACCAAUGGCCUGCCAUGUGUGAGGCUAAUCUGGAUAUCAGCAAUGGACAAUUUCUUAUGGAAAUACUGAAAGCAGGGCAUGCCUAAGAACUGAUCAGAAAUGUUUUGUGAAGGAAGCAAAGAAAUGGUGGUUCAUGAUACCAGCUUCACCAAGCAAUAAUACUAGAGAUUUCAAUGCCCUUUUCUCCACAGCCCACAUCCUUAUGUUUUUAUUUUGUCAGUGUUUUGUCUCGUUUGGUUUUUAUUUAGAUUUUGGUUAUUGUCUAUGAUGGAAUGUGUACAUUGCCAUUUUAAUUUUAUAGAGGGUAAGGGAGAUAUGUGGCAGUUGAGUUGAUGGUUGUCUUUUUUUUUUAAAGAUUUUUCUAGUGUCUUAGACUAUCCUGAUUUUCUAUUUAAAAAUGAAAACAUUUAAUUAAACAGUACAACAUCAACAAAUGGAGAUAAUUGUAGAUAUUGUUCCAUUUCAAGCUGUUUUGUUUGCCUUUUUGUAUGACGAUUCUUUGGUGAUAUCAGUGCAGUGUUUUAAUCAACAUAAACCAUAAAUCUCCAUUUUAAGUCAUUCUGUAAAUAUCGGUUCAUUUAAAUUCAGCUGUAGAUAGUGUAUUGGUGCUGUUAUGAAAUAAAUGGGGCUUGGGGUGCAUAUGGAAAAUAAAUGUAGGUUUCCGGUGUACUCUCAACGCCUUUCCAGCCCCCAUAUCAAUUGUGUUUUUCAUGUUGUUGGAACUCAGGUGCUGAGGAGACUGAAAUGAUUGUCAAAGACUAGAAAGAGUCAAGUGCAAAGAAAAAGAGGCUGAUGUUUAUAAUAAAGCUUGAGUACCUACUUUCA